AUGUUUCUAUACAGGAACAUACAACAAGAAUGUUACAACGAAGAGUACACAGCCAUCGAAAACGGCCACCACGUUUGCCGUAGCAGUCCACUAUGGAGGUUACAACUCUUCCUAAAUGAACAUGGAGUAUUGUGUGUACGCGAUCGAGCCAGUCGCUUUGCUGGCAUCCCUGAAGGACGAAUCACUCUACCCACCCAACACUGGGUUACAAAGCUGAUAGUCCGGCACUACCAUGAAAAAUACUAUCACAUGAAUCAUGUAAAUGAGGUGAGGCAAAAAUAUUUGAUUCCAAAACUAAGACCUCUCCUUAAAGGGAUUCGUCGAAAUAGCCAACAAUGUAAGCUGAGUAGUGCUCGACCCAUUGCACCCUUAAUGGCGCCCCUACCGAGGGCUAGACUGGGUGCAUUUAAGCCAGCGUUUACGUACGUAGCAGUUGAUUAUUUUGGGCCGCUAACAGUUAUCGAUGGAAGAAAGUCAUUGAAAAGAUGGGGCAUGCUGAUAACCUGCCUCAUGCGAGCAAUUAGCAUUGAGAUCGUGCACAGUCUAACCACAAAUUCAUGCCUAAUGGGCUUAAGACGCCAUAUAUCGGUCCGAGGCACACCAAAGGAAAUAUAUAGCGAUAACGGGACUAAUUUUCGAGGGACCGAUGCCUUUCUUAGAGACAAACUUCAACUGGAUGAUGCGAAGAUGCAUCGAGAAUUGUCGCAUCAGGAAAUAUCGUGGUACUUCAACCCACCGUCAGCUCGUUACAUGGGAGGAGCCUGGGAGCGCUUGGUGCGUUCCGUCAAAACCGUGUUAUACCCUAUAACACGAAAUCAGAAAUUCUCAGAUGAAAGUCUUCUUACCGCCAUGGCAGAGAUGGAAAUGACGGUCAACUGCAGGCCCCUGACAUACGUGUCCCUGGACGACGAAGAUCAAGAAGCUCUUACGCCAAACCAUCUGUUGCUUGGCUCAUCAAAUGGAGAAAAACCGAUUUGCGAUCCGGAACAAAUCGACUAUAAAUGGUCGUUCCGCCAGAGUGAGAUGUUCGCCAACCUAUUUUGGAAGCGCUGGGUCAAAGAGAUGUUACCAAACAUAACACGAAGGUCCAAGUGGCAUAAAAAGUAA